GUUUAUCAUCAGUUCAUUCCCAAGCGAAUCCGAGGUAACAAGUUAUCCAGCAGAUUAGCACACACCGAUUUGUUUUGCGUAGUUUUUUUUCUUUCGAUAAACGAAAACAUCCUAAAUUUUUUUCUUCAAAUUUAGUUUAAUCCAUUAUCACCUAAUCACGAUGAAAUACGUUUUGAUUGCUAUCUUGGUGACAUUGGCUGUCGUUGCCGCUCGCCCAGAGACCUACACAUCACGUUUCGAUAACAUCGAUGUUGACCGAAUUUUGAAUACAAAACGUUUGUUCGAUAGCUACUUCAAAUGUUUGAUGGAUCAAGGAAAGUGCACACCAGACGGCAAAGAAUUGAAAAAAUUAUUGCCUGAUGCAUUGCAAACCAACUGCGAAAAAUGUACACCAAAACAACGUGACGGUACCGAUCGUGUGCUCCGAUUCAUCGUCAAGAACAAGCCAGCCGAAUGGGAGCAAUUGAAAGCAAAAUACGAUCCACAAAACAUCUACAUCCAAAAAUACCGUGAAUCAGCUGCUACCCGUGGUAUCGAAAUCUAAACAUCGCAACUAAAUGCUGAUCCACAUUAAAGCGCACAUCACACAAACAGAGACAGGAGCAUAACGUUUGGAUUGGUGCAAAUAUUUUGGACUCUUCGGAUCAGAGGAUUCUAUUUCAAUUUGUGCUAAAUUUCUAUGUUUAUAUUUUAUCGUCCCGUUAAUUAUUAAUGUUUAUGUAUGAUUAUGUGAUUUAUAGCGACAAGCAAGGUUAUACUCUCUACGAAACUAAUUUAAAUAAAAAUUGAUAUUACACCAAAACAACAACAA